GACAACGUCAUUCGUGUCGUGAUGUCCAAGCACGGCGGCAUAUCGCGUUUCAUUAGUGCUUACUGCAGUACAUUUCGAUAAUUUCAAUUGCCAAACAGAACCGACACAGAAAGAUCUCGAGCUCAGAAUGCGGGUGAUGUCAGAUCGUCUCUGGGCGCGAUGGUUGACAUACUGACCGUCCCGCUGUGUCUCGUGAGGAGGCUUUCCUGUAGUCAACUAUUUUGUAUUUCUCAAACCUAGGAACAGACCGCCAGGGCACUGCAGCCAUGUUAUCGCUUCUGUCGUUGGCACUCAGCGCUCUGCCGCUCGUCGCGGCGCAAGGUCUGGCUGUUUCAGGACCCUUUUUGCCAGGAAAUAUCAACACCUCAGAUGCCAGGCAAGUCUAUGACGCUGCCGCGCGCAACUCCGACAAUAAACUCGGAACGUUUCUGGCUCCAGGGUUUCAGCUCCUUCUCAAUAACAGUAUCGCAUUUCCUCUAUCAUGGAAUUGGACUACAAAUGUUGCAGAUAUUGCCAUUCCGGUUCCUGAAGGCGAUCUUGGCCGCCCUGGCGCAGACUAUUCCCAAGGUUACCAUGUCGUCAACACGCAGCAUCGUCUCAAUUGGACAGCAUAUCUGAAUGCUACGGAGUCUGAUGCGAUACGGGGCAAAAGCCUGCAGACGAUCUUGCGGGAUACUAAUGUGACUCUUCAACUUGGAUUUUUACCUAUGAACUACGCUGCAGGGUUCACACCGAUAAAACGAGAACAAAGGACAACAGACUGCGCGGACUCUAUCGGACUCCAAUGUUGGCGAAGUCUUUCUGAGGCAUUUAGCAAUUCAAGCAAUCGAUUUAUUCAGACGGACUCACUGCCUGGUUGCAAUGCUACAAUCGUCGAUACGUCGGUGACAAGGCUGAACAUGUCGGAUCCCCUCCCUGUACCCUUGAACAGCGGCGACAGUUUCUACUACUCUCAGAAACCCCUCGGCAAUACAGGCAACAAGACGCUUUUAGAGCGCGAGCUUUCCACUGGUGUGAUUCAAAUAUGGAAUUGGGAAUAUCCGACUUCUAAUGGAACCUCAAACGUGGUCAACGUACUAUGCUUGCAGGCAAAAUCGGCAGCGAGCCUGAGCAGCCAGCCUAUGGUAAUAAUGGCAGUAGCCACGGCGAUAGCGGUCGGUAUGUUUGUCGCGGUCGUUUGAGCUUGGAAAUCCUUGCGCUUUAUUCUAGAGCCUUUGUCGAUAUGUCAAUGCUGCGGCCAAAGAUCGACAAUCAGAUACUCCUUUACACUGCAGUAUAUUUUGCCUGCUAUGGGACGAAUCCAACAUUUUUCCUUCUGAAUUUCCGCGAAGCGACCGAAACAGCUUCGUGAAAUUUAAUCAAAAAUUCACGGCUGUACGAAGUUGCCAAGCCUUGAAGGACAGACUCAUGCACGCUGCGCCUCGGAUCGGUUCACGCAUGAUCAUGAGCAUGUAUUUGCUUUUCUGGCACGCAUGACAACCUAGUAGUCCAGUAAAUAUCGGAUACGCGACAGUCCUGCUAUUCUCGUUAAAUGUGUGCGCGACGUCAGAGCGACUCGGCUAGAUAGUGCAUGUACCUCG